UUAGACAACAACUCAGUGAGUUGAGAAGUGUGACGAUGAUGAUGAUGAAUUCAGACAGUUGCAGCAACCAAAACAAAGAAGAAGAAGAAGAAGACAGCUCGGAAAACAAAGAGAUUGAGAAAAUCAAAAUUAGUCUUAUGAGAACCAUUGUUGAAACACAAGAUCCUUCUUCCAAGGAAGUAGACGAUUUGACACUCCGAAGAUUUCUACGAGCUCGUGAUUUAGAUGUGGAGAAAGCGUCGUCCAUGUUCCUAAAGUAUCUUAAAUGGAGACGAGGCUUUGUUCCCAACGGUUUCAUCUCUCCGUCAGAACUCGAAAAUGAAAUCCGACAGAACAAGAUGUUCUUGCAAGGUUUGGACAAGAAAGGACGACCCGUCGGUGUUCUUCUUGCCGGAAGACAUUUUCAACAUAAAGGCGGCGUCGAGGAAUUCAAGCGUUUUAUAGUCUACAUUUUCGACAAAAUAUUUGCAAGGAUGCCUCCGGUACAGGAGAAAUUCUUGGUGAUAGGAGAUCUUGAAGGUUGGGGAUAUGCAAACUGCGACAUCAGGGCAUACCUUGCAGCUCUAUCUCUAGUCCAGGAUUACUACCCUGAAAGACUAGGAAAGCUCUUCAUUGUUCAUGCACCAUACAUUUUCAUGGCGGCCUGGAAGAUUGUUUACCCUUUCAUCGACGUCAAAACAAGGAAGAAGAUAGUAUUCGUGGAGAAGAAGAAGCUGAAAUCAACGUUGCUUGAAGAUAUAGACGAGAGCCAGCUCCCGCAAGCAUAUGGUGGACAACUGCCCUUGAUUCCCAUUCAACACACCUAAACAUAGUCUCUACAUCAUGCACAAAAAAGUUUGUU